UCCCGGGGCUUGAGCAAAAUCUGACGCAGGGCCCGACACGAUUUCCCCCUCUGCCGGGACCGCUGCUGCCCGCCCCGCUGUGCUCAGCCGCUUGUCCCUCCUGCUCUGGGAUUGUCCUGUUUUAAUGCAGACGGGAGGUGCGGUUCUGCGGCGGGAGGAGCUGGUUCCGGCUUCCGAACGGAGGAGCCUUCAGUCGAGCUGGGAUACAAGCAGAGGAUUUGUUCAUGCGAACCUCAAACACAACAUCAGCAAAUUCACACUGGGGAGAGGCCGAUCACCUGCUCUGAGUGUGGGAAGGGAGUCACUCGGUCAUUCCAGUUGCUGAUGCACCAACAAAUUCACAGAGAAGAGGCCGUGUAUCUGCACUGAGUGUGGGAAGGGCUUCCUUCAGUCAUCCCACCUGCUGAGACACCGGUGUGUUCAUACUGGGGAGCGGCCGUUCUCCUCCUCAAUGUGUGGUCAGGGAUUGGCUCAGUUAUCCAGCCUGAUGACGCACCAGCAAGUUCAUGCCGGGAAAAGGCCAUUCUCCUGCUUGGAGUGUGGGAAGGGCUUUGCUCAGUCAUCCAAUUUGCUGAGACACCAGAGAGUUCACACUGGAGAGAGACCGUUCUCCUGCGCAACGUGUGGGAAAGGAUUCACUCAGUUAUCCAUCCUGAUGACGCACCAGCGAGUUCACACUGGGGAAAGGCCGUUCUCCUGCUCAACAUGUGGGAAAGGAUUCACUCGGUUAUACAGCCUGAUAAACCACCAGCGAGUUCACACUGGGGAGAGGCCGUACACCUGCUGUGAGUGUGGGAAGGGAUUCAUUCAGUCAUCUGAGCUGCUGAUACACCAGAGAUUUCACACGGGGGAGAGGCCGUUCAUCUGCUCGACAUGCAGGAAGGGAUUCACUCGGUCGUCUCAGCUGCUGAUACACCAGCGAGUUCACACUGGGGAGAAGCCGUACAUCUGCUCCGACUGUGGGAAGGGAUUCACCGAGUCAUCCUAUUUGCUGAUGCACCAGAGAGUUCACACUGGGGAGAGGCCGUUCAUCUGCUCGAUGUGCGGGAAGGGAUUCACGAAGUUAUUCCAUUUGUUGAGACACCAGCGAGUUCACACUGGGGAGAAGCCGUUCACCUGCUCUGAGUGCGAGAUGGGAUUCCCUUGCUCAUCUGACCUGCUGAAACACCAACGAAUUCACACUGCCAAGAAACAUUGAACAUUCUAUAUGCUCAAUGUACAAGCAUCACUGCUACUGAAAUCUAGCGC